AGCUCAAACUAUUCAAUUGGUUACCCAUCCAGAUGGUAACACUGUCGGAAGACAACGGAAGUAGUUUCCGCUACCUCUGGAUAGAUGGCGCUAAUGUUUCCCUGUUCAGUAGUUUCAGCCGUUUUUGUAUAGAUGACAUAGGAAUCGAAUUUUAAACAAGUUUGUCAUACAAUUAUUAUAUUUUUUACUGUUGUUCUCUGUGACUGAUUUGUAAAAAAAGUACAAUUAAAGAGAAUCAAAAUUGUCUCCUUCCAAUUGUCAGUGUAAUCUGUGGACAGUCAAGACAUCGCUGAGCCGUGCGAAAUAGAAGUGCAACGUCUACGUCUACAGUCGAUAAAGAGGAACAGAAAAGGGAGGCAAAGAAGUCUCGUGUGACAAAUAAAUAGCACGAACAACGCCGAUAGGUUCUCCACAAUCUCUUAAAAAGUCCAACCUUCCGCCUUCAUAAGGUGUAUAAACUUUGAUUAAUAUCGAAGUCCGACAACUGUCAAAUGACAAGUCUGCUUCGAAUAAUACUAUUUAAAAGUUGAAAUGGCAGCAGAAAUAAAGCCCGCUCCCGGAGUGAAUCAUGAUAAAUUCAGCACAAGCCGGAAGCCUAUACUUUUAUCAAAAUUGGAAGGAUGUAACGACGAUGUCAAUGCGGCGAUCAUUAUACCGCGGGAAGAUGGUGUGAUUAGUGUUUGUGAUGACAGAACGGUUCGAGUUUGGUUGAAACGCGAUUCGGGCCAAUAUUGGCCGAGCGUUUGUCAAUACAUGGCUGCUGGGGCAACAUCCAUGAAUUAUUGUGUCCAAACUAGACAAUUAUUUGUCGGUUUGGAAAAUGGAACAAUAAAUGAAUUCAUUUUGGAACAAGAUUACAAUCGAAUGACUGCCAUGCGUGAAUAUGCAGCGCAUCAAGCAAGAGUCACAGGUGUUAUAUUCGCCCCAAAUUGUGAAUGGGUUCUAAGCAUAGGUCGGGAUAAAAUGUUUCAAUUACACUGUUCAGAAACAGGGCAGAAAUUGGGUUCAUAUCAGACAGAUGCCUGGUAUACUGCCUUGCAAUUUGACGCGCAAUCGAAACAUGCUUUUAUCGGUGAUUACUCUGGACAAAUAGCAAUGUUAAAGUUAGAUACUAACGGUGUUACGCUAAUCACUACGUUAAAGGCACAUACAGGAAGUAUUCAUACCUUAGCAUGGGAUUCUGAAAAACAGCUUUUAUUUUCUGGUAGUUUUGACCAAAGUAUCAUAGUAUGGGACAUUGGUGGACGUCAGGGUACGGCGUAUGAACUUCAAGGACAUCACAACAAAGUAACGGCACUGUGCUACGCAAGUGCCGAACGCGUAUUAUUGUCCGGUGGAGAAGAUGGGGUAAUUGUGUGUUGGGAUAUGGCUGCGAAUAGAAAAGAAACUGCAGCAUGGGUAGAGUCAGAUACAUGCCAGGCUUGUGGAAGACCAUUCUUUUGGAAUAUCAAAGCAAUGAUGGACCAACGACAACUUGGUCUGAGGCAGCAUCAUUGUCGUCAUUGCGGUCGCGCAUUGUGCGCACGAUGUACGUCUCAACGAAUACCGAUACCAGCAAUGGGUUUUGAAUUCGAAGUUAGAGUGUGUGAUCCAUGUUACAUUCAACUUAAAGCUGCAAACCAAACUCCUUUAGCAUCUUUCCAUGAUGCGAAACAUAACGUUGUUGGAAUGGAUCUUGAUGCGUCCAGACGAAGAUUAUUGACGAUCGGGCAGGAUCGUCUGAUUAAAAUUUGGGAUAUUUCCGCGCUUCUUCAGUGAACUUCCAUACAUGUUAAUUUAUAAUUAACAAAACUAAUCAAAUCGUAAGGUAUAAGAGAAACCUACUACCAUAUUUCAGUGUAAAAAUUCGUUAUCCAAAGCUUAUUUUGUAAUCAUGAAAUCACAGUUUGCUUCUUGUACAAAAAGUUUUAUGACAUUCAAACAUUCUAUAAUUCCGAAAUAGUAUAACAUUUGUAAAAUCACUAAAACAUAUUUUACUUGGAAACAUCUUUCUCAACAGAACAAAAGGGAUAACAGGAUAACUUAUUAAGAAUCUAAUAUAUAUUAGUCUAUUUUUUAACAUUUCUUACUUUGUGCAAUCACUUUUUAAAAAACGACCAAAGCAUGAAUCGGUAGAAUAUGUCAUCAUAAUUUAUUACAACGAAUUAUUAUUUUCAAUCAAAGUACAUACAAGAAGGUAAAAUUCAUACGAAUAACGCGAUGGAUACGAAUGAACUGUUUCUGUUGCAGAAGAGCAAAAUAUUGAAAGAUAAUCCGUACCAUAUGACAAUGUUAUUUUAAACUAUAAAAUUGAAUUAUAUUAAAAAUUUGUUAAAGCAGUGGAGAAAUUUACAAAUAAGUCAUUAUAGCUCCUAGUCGUUCUGUUUAUCUUAUUCCUAAUUAUUUAAUAUCGUAACUUCUAAUAAGUAACUAAACAGACAGUUCGUUAUUAAAAUUGAUUGAUUUCUCGUCGUCGACUUCUUAACAGAUAAUUCAGAAACAGGCAUAGGUUAUGCAAAAAUAGUAUGUUAAUUGAAAAGCAUAAAUUAGUGUUUCAGUUGUAAUGAUAUUCGUAGCGAUAAUAUUUAUCCUAGUAUAAAGUUACAACGAAGAAACGCAAUGUUUCUAUUUUAAUUAUUUCUUCUACAGUUAUUUGUAAUUAUACAUACAUCGAUUUUACUUAACAUAAUUAUGCAUAUCUUGUGCCUGAAUAUAAUUACUGUUAAUCGUGCUGGAGCGAUGUACCAAAUAGCAUUGAUUUCUCUACUGUAUCUAGUGAUAAAGGUAGUUGCGGUAAGAGAGAUUACAUUUAUCGUCAUAACGCACUAACGUCAUAAGAUUGCAUUUUAAGCGAAUGUUCAACCAUAAUUUGGUGCAAUAGUUUCUACCACAGUGGAAUUCAUCUUCAUUUUUAAACGUAUCUAUUCCAUAUGUUUUUAGAACAACUUACGAAGUUGCAGCAUAUUAUUAUAAAUACUUUGUACGUUGUUGAAAGAAUACAUGCUUCCAGAUUAAUUUCUUUGUGCUCUGCGUAUUUAAUGUUAUGCUGCGUAUUAAUAAUGCUCACGAUAAAGGUUUCGAUCGUUUCGAAAUAUAUAUAUAUAAAUGUA